AUGAGGCACACGCGCGUCUGCUACUCGACAAAGGCCUCAGUUUGGCAUAGAGAUGGCGACAAGUUCUGGUGGGCUGACCGCCUCGUUGCCUCACACACCCUCGCCGACGAGGUAACUCCCAUUACGAACAAAGAACACGUCGGCGGAGACCCGCCGUGGCCCGCACUCACCGCUGUCAGUGAGGACGACUGGCUGUCGUCAGCCUACGGUGUGUCGAUCAUUCCUCCAGAUAUGACAAGCAUACCACGUGGCACGCUUUCCACAGGUCGUGUGCCGACGGAGACACGACGCGAUCAGCCGGAUCUGUCGUCGAGUACAGUGGAAGGGACCGCUCGUUGGACCGUCGUUUUGAUUGGCGCCAACUUGUUGCCUGACCAUACCCCCUGGUCAUGGUAUCUUUGA